AUGUCCGUUGAUCUUCCAAAUUCUCGUGAAGGUAGCUGCUGUGAUAAUAACGAUGACAAUGGAAUUCAACAACGACUUCCACAAAAAAAUUGCCUCAUAAAAGGACGGCAAUUUUCAUUUGCAAUUGGUCGUCAAAUAUCUGUCGGUAAAUUUGGAGCUGUUUAUGAGGUGCUACGUCAAUCAGAUGGAAAGUGUUUUGCUGCAAAGUUGGAACUAUGUGAUGCACAUUUUCAUGGGCUAAAUGUCGAUUAUUCGGUGCUCGAUCGAGCCAGUAAAAAGAACCUAAAACAUUUUACCGAGCUUAUAGAUUUUGGUAAAAUUCAAGGCCAUUUUAAAUUCAUCAUCAUGACUAUGCUCGACAAGAAUAUCACCCAAUUAAGAUCGAUGUUUGUUGGAAAUCGUUUCUCCCUAUCUACAGCACUACGGCUCGGCCUACAGACUCUGUCUGCCCUACAAGAACUUCAUUCACUUGGUUAUGUUCAUCGUGACGUCAAAGGGACAAACUUUGUUGUCAGUCAUGAACCACAUCCGAAUUUGACUGUGUACAUUAUUGACUUUGGUUUGUGCAGAUCAUAUCGUAAUGCAGACAAUGAGAUUAAACCUCCUCGACAAACUGCUCGUUUCAGAUCCCAAGUACUGUUUGCUUCCAGGGGUACAACUCGAUAUGCGUCAUUGGCAGCCCACAAUGAGAAGGAGCAAGCCCCACGAGACGACCUCGAAUCUUGGUUUUACAUGUUAAUUGAAAUGAUCUCAGGUGACAGCAAUCUUCCGUUUUCCUCGCUUUUCAAGUCUAAUAAUAUCCAAUGA